UAUCGUACAGGGUGCUGUUAACAACAGGUGUUAGACCUUUGCUACAAAAAACUGUGCCUAACACUACUUUAAAAUUGUGUUUAAAUGUUAUUUAUUAAUAUAUUUUAUUCAACUCUUUUGUUCAUGGUUGAUGCAAGCAGGCCACCAGACCAAAACAAGCGUCUGUAUGAUGGCUGUGCCCUUGCAGGAUUGGCCAAUAUUCUGCCCCUGCUGUAGGGAGCACCUGUGCCUGCUUGUCAGGCAGACAGCGAGGCUGCGGUGGCUGGCUGUUUCACACAGAUCCUCCGUCUCAGGUAGAGAUUACCAGCACUGUCACCAAGGUCCGGCGCGGACAGCGGCCUUCUACAAAGGCUAUUUUUGGCAGUGGUUUCAUAUUAGUCCAGGCUUUUCAAGCCCAACAGUAUAUCAGGUUUGACAUCUCAGAUCGGCCCAGACCGAAAAAAGCACUGAGAUGGAUGAAAGUACAUUUGAGACGUUUGAGGGAGAUAUAGGUCCUGAGGAGGGUUUGGAGGAGCUGCCAGCGCCGGGGGAGAUCCUCCCCAAGACAACAAAACAGCUCCGCAAUCAAGGUGCUCAGAUUGCAAAGACAAGCAAAGGCGAGUCUAGUGGGGUAUCACGAGAGGUGGAAGGUUUUCAGACAGUAGAGCAAGAGUUGGUCCAAGCUCAAGAGACGGCGCUGCCCUCGAACCCACAUCCUGCCAAAGAGAAAGCAAAGCCAGCUGUCCCAGAGAAGCCAGCGAGGAAGGCAGAGCCCAGCGCGGAGGGGCCGGUCUGUGCUGAAGAGCCGUCUCCCUGGAACGGGAUCACACUGAACCGCUGCCUCGUCGUGGCGACCGUCAUCGUGCUGGUCAGCAUGGGCUUCCAGACGCUGCAGGAGGCCAUCACUUCCGAUGAUGAAGUCAGCGAUCCGGAGUCUGAUCUUCUGUCCUGGUCUGACAGCAACCCAGUGGAGGACAAGACAGAGCAGCCAGAGUCCUCGUUCUUCGGCAGCCUGAUGUGGUGGUCCUGGGUCCCGGAGGAAGAGGACUCGGAGGAGGCUGCGGCUGGAGGAAGGAGAUCGGAGUCGAGGGGUGCCAGAGCACUAGGGCGCAGAGAUCAGGAGCAGGAGGCAGGGGGGAGAGGAAGAGCAGAGAAGCACAGGGUGAGGCGUAGAGCAGAGGGGAUCAGGGAGCUCCUGAAGAGCAAAGAGGAGAAGGGGGGUCACGACAAGGCAGGCCGGAAACACGAGGAGAAACCCCCAAAACAGAGGGAGCAAAAGCAGGCAGAGCACAAGCGCAGCGAGCAGAAACGGGACGAGCGCAAACGACGGGAGGACAGCGACGAUGACAAGAACAGCGGCUCCAAGGGGAACAGGAUGAGUCUCCUCGCAGACAAGGGCAUGCCCAAGAAGGAACGUGGUAAAUACCAGCUGAAGGGUGGCAAGAGGAACGAUUAACAAGAAGAAGGACCUUAAAGUGUUUGCGAGGGGGGUGGGAAAUGGCAUCGAAGGAUUCUUUUUUUUUUAAAUGGCAGCGGGGGUGGGGUGGGGUGUGCCUUGGCUAAUAGUUUUGACACUUAAAUAUUGAAAUCUUUCUGUAGGAAUAAUCGCCUAUUUCUAAUACUGCGCAGGCUACAGCAGUCUCCUUAAACCAAAUGUAAUUUUAAAAAAUUUAAUGAAAAGCAUUAUGAAAUAGCACACAACGACUUGGUAUUGAAGGGAGGAGGUAAUGGCAUCAAUCCAAGGAUUAACCCAUCAAAACUGUGAACAGUACCGAUGAUUGAGAGAGGAGAGGAGCAGCCGGGAAUCAUCCACGCAUCACUCAACGGGAGCGCAAUAAAGGGAUCGUGGGAAUGCCCUCAGUGAGGGUGCCAAAAAAUAUAUAUACCAGGAUGCACAUCAAGGGAGCAUCAGACGGUUUGAUUGGGAAGAGGCUGCUUGUGUGAAUAAGUGUGAAAUCCACUGACUAGGAAUACAAAAUGAUAUUUAGUUAACGUGAACAAUGAAACACUUGUUGCAAAGAGACAGUGUACCUUUUACCUCCUGUGUCUGUAUUUGUGAAGCUGCUGUUGAACUAAUAAAAACCAGAUGCGUGA